AUGGCUGUUCUGUGGCUGCUGCUGCUAGUGGGGCUGCCCAUGUUCUUACUGGGAGUUUUUAUAUGGGCUGUGGUAAAGCAUUUUCUCACAGCAAAAAUUCCUUCCUCUUUAAAGCAUCCAGUCAAGUUAAGGUGUAUGCAUUGUGUGAUGCUCUUCGUUAUCGCCUUGGGUAAUAUAUUAGAGAAACUGAGAAUCUGCUCUAUGCCUGGUUUCAUUUCAUUUAUUCAUGAUUUACUGCCCAUAAAGAAGGACCCUACCUUAGUGGUUACCAACAUGCAUUUUGGAACAAUCCCUGUGAGACUGUUCCAGCCCAAGGCAGUGUCCUCCAAUCUCCGGAGAGGCAUCAUCUUCUUCCAUGGAGGGGGUUCCAUUUUUGGUAGCCUGGACCUUUACCAUAACCUGUGCAGUUUCCUGGCCAGGGAGACAGACUCAGUGCUCCUUUCAGUAGGGUACCGCAAGCUUCCUGUCUGCCAUCACCCUGCCACUUUUAAGGAUUGCCUGAAUGCCACCAUCCUCUUUCUGAAGGCCCUGGAAACCUAUGGAGUGGACCCAUCUCGGGUGCUGCUCUGUGGAGAGAGCUUUGGAGGUUGGAUUGCAGCCUCUAUCACCCAGAUCUUGGUCAGUAACCCUUGUCUUCCCCAGAUCCGGGCUCAAGUCUUGAUUACUCCAAUUUUACAGGUCAUUAAUUUACUUUUACCAUCUCAACAACAGAAUAAAAAGAUCCCAUUUCUUACCAAGGACUUCCUGAUUACACUUCUGUGUAAAUACCUGGCCAUUGACCACUCUUGGAGUGAUUCCAUAGAUACAGGUGCUGUUAUACCUCUGGACAAGUGGAAGAAAUACAGAAAAUGGCUCAGUUCUGACAAUAUUCCCAGACAUUUCUGGAGACAAGACACACAACCUGAGUUUCUUGGAUGUUUUAAUGAGGCUGCCUAUCUAGAAGCACAACACAUUUUUGAUACAGAAAUUUCAAUUGUCAUCGCAGAUGAUAAGACCAUUGCUCAGCUUCCUGAGGCAUUCCUAGUGAGCUGUGAGUAUGACAUACUUCGUGAUGAUACCUUGCUUUACAAGAAGCGCUUGGAAGACCAGGGCAUUCCUGUGACCUGGCACCACGUGAUCGAUGGCUUUCAUGGAUGCCUAGUACUGUUUGAUAGAAAGUUUCUGUCUUUCCCCUGCUCCAUGGAAAUAGUAAACACUACUGUCAAUUACAUAAAUAGCAUAUGA